UAUUUCGCAAAUUGGUCAGAUAUCAUUACGUUCUACAGUAGAAUGUAUGCAAGUAAUUUAUGAAUUUCUAAUUGGAGAGCCACCACAAAAUUGGAUAACAUUAUCAACAUUGUGCACUUGGCAGCAAGAUAUUUCUACAUUACAUACUAAUGCUCAAAUUCAUCAGGCAAUUAUGGCACCAUCAUUUGGAGUCUUAGUUGACGAAUCUACAUGA